AUGGAUUUCUCUUCUGCGGAUGUGAAUAAGUUAAAAGGUGAGUUUCUGCAAACAGCGGCCGAUCUCUUUGAAAGUGUGCUAUCGAAACCACCUACACAUAACAUCGUCGACUUGUGGAAGGAGCACCAACACAUCAGAAAAACACUGGAGGAAAUCUCCACUAAGCAAGCUUUACUAGGCGACACUGACGUCCGUCUAUUAAAACCACGUUCAUCGGACGAUCUUGCAUGCUUUCUGAGAUGGGCAGACGGUAUGGGUAUUAAACGCUAUGGUGUUACUGUGGCUGAAUGCCGUGAAGUGGGUGGAUUGGGAUUGUUGGCUGAGAUAGACGUCCCUGAAAAAGAGUGUUGUUUGACGGUUCCUCGUCAUGCUAUUAUUUCUACUGAUCUUGCCAAGAAGUCAUCCCUAAAAAACCUCUUUGAACGAGAUUCUAUUGUUCGGAAUAUGGCAAAUGUUGGUCUGGCUCUUUUCAUAUGCACCCAAAGGGUGAAAUCUGAUUCAAAGUGGACAUCAUAUUUAAAUGUUCUGCCGAAUGUAUAUACUACUCCACUAUUUUACACAGAAGAAGAACUUCAGUAUUUGAAACCUUCGCCUGUCUUCGAGGAAGCUUUGCUUUUCUAUCGAACUGUUGCUCGUCAGUUUAUUUACUAUUUGCUUUUGAUCGGACGCAAUGACUUAUACGAUAGAGCGAGUAGAAAUCGGAAAGCAAGGACGCAGCCUCCUCUCAUGUAUAGUUCUCCAUUUACUGUGGUCAACUUCACAUUUUCCCUAUACAGGUGGUCUGUGGGAACAGUAACAACACGGAUAAAUUUGAUACCGAGUGAGACGACAAGAGCUGACGGCACCGUUCCUGCUUUGAUUCCGAUGCUUGACAUGGCUAACCAUGAAGUGGUUUUGGGAAGUGACGAUUUAGGAGACGCUGUAUCGUUUUCCACAGAAAAUGAUUAUGCAGAGGUGCUAGCAAGCAAAGAUAUACGAGCAGGUGAAUGGGUGAGUAUGUUUUACGGCCGUCGUUCUUGUGCUGAACACUUGCUGCAUAACGGUUUCGUACCACCUGAUGAUAACCCUUUUGACAGCUACAAACUUAAGAUCAGUAAGUGUGGUUUUCUUGCAACAUCUGAACCAACAACUCUAAGAAAAGCGGUGGAUUUCCUUAAAAAUCGUUUCGCUAUCUUGGAACGUGCUUACGGAACAAUAGCAGAAGGAAGGACCUCAAACGAAACUAACAUGGAACGUCUGAAAAAGGCUGAAGUUGCCAUUCUAAAGAAUGCUAGGUAG